AUGGAUCAAUUGGGUGAAUACUUAGAAACUUGUGAACAAGUAGCGAGAACGGCUGGACAGGUAAUCAAGAAGGCCUAUUCAAAUGAUAAAACUAUCAUGACAAAGAGUUGUAGUGCUGAUUUAGUAACCCAAACUGAUCAGGAAGUUGAAAAGCUGAUUAUAUCGACUCUAAGAACCAAAUACCCAACACAUUGUUUCAUUGGUGAAGAAUCAUCAGCAGACGGUCAAUCGUGUCAACUAACUGAUAAACCAACGUGGAUCAUCGAUCCAUUGGAUGGAACUACAAAUUUUGUUCAUAGAAUUCCUUUCGUUGCAGUAUCUAUCGCUCUUAAGAUCAAUAAGAAGACGGAAAUUGCAGCCGUUUACAGUUGUAUCCUCGAUGAGAUGUUUACGGCUAGACUUGGACAUGGCGCUUUUUGUAAUGGUAAAAAUAUUUCGGUUUCUAAUCAAACAAAUCUUAACAAAGCAUUAGUUAUUUCUGAAUACGGUUCUAGCCGAGAUCAGGAAAUCAUCGAUUCAAUAGUAGCCAACAUGCGUGGUGUAAUUAGUAAGCCAAUACCAGCUCACGGUAUAAGAUGUUUGGGCUCCGCUGCUUUAAAUAUGUGUCAGGUUGCUCGUGGUGGUGGUGAUGCUUACUUUGAAACUGGCAUUCAUUGUUGGGAUAUGGCUGCUGGAGACCUAAUAGUUAGAGAGGCAGGUGGGGUCGUUAUAGACACAAGAGGAGGUGAAUUGGAUAUAAUGGCUCGACGUGUGUUAUGUGCAAGUACAGAAUCUUUAGCAAACGAAAUCAUUGAAUGCACUAAGGAAAUAACUAUGCCAAGGGACGAUGAAUAA